AUGGCCAGAGGUCUCUUUCUGGGGAAACCCCGUGCCCCACGGGAAUCAGACAUUUCUAAUCCCAUCUUCAAGCAUACUAACGCGUUACCACGAAAUGACCUCAAGGCCUUGAAAAAUGGUAGCACAGCGCACCAUCGGCCGAUCCAGCAGGCUCACGGGGACUCCCAGCGCCCCUCGACAUCAGACGGACGCCAGCAGGGCAGGAAGGUAGAAAUACCCGGACCUGGAUUCGAUUUUCGGAUAGCGGUGCCUCCAGCUGAAGCGAUACAAUCGCCGACACACAGCGAAAAUGGCUCGGAAGAAAAUAUGAUUGGGAUCGCUCUAGGUAGUCCUCGCUUGGUAAAUCCACAGAACACCUUUUCGCAGAUGCAAGAGAAGGCGCUAGAGUCUGCGCGCGGACGCCCCAAAGCAGCCCCGCAGCUCCAGCGGAAGCCGAGCAAGUGGAGGAAAAUCGGUGGAUUGUUCAAGGCGAAGAAUGCUGUUGCAUCGGGUGCGAGCCAGCCUUUUUAUCAAGUUCAGGUUCAGGGUAGUCAGGCACCUCUCGCGCAGGGUUCUUCGCAUUCCAUUGAUUAUCAGGCUCGCGAGGCAAAAUCCAACCAUGUCAUGGAUACAGAGGCAUGGCCGUGUCUUGAGCCGGAGGUCAAGGCCGAAGAGAAGCAACCAAAUGCCAGUGUCGCACAGGUGCCAGCUCAAGAUAGACAACAGUCUGCCGAGUCGAAAUCGGGACCUCUACUGCAGGUCGAUAUCCCAAGUAUUGAGAUGGAACGAUACAGCGUUAUGUUCAGCGCUCUACUCAACAAAAAUGAGCCUUCCCCGUUGAAUAGGCGCAGCAGAACACUAGAAAACAUGAGCGCUCCCAACACCGAGACAUCACCGCCAUCACCAGACUUACUUCCGCCCCGACGAAGGGCCACCUCGCCAACACGCUCAAAUUCCCCUAGACUCUCAUUAUUCCCAGCAACACACAAGAGCAAAGCUUCCAAGGUGCUAGGCACUCAAAACCUCCCAAGGGGCCCCAGUCCCUUACCCCGAAACCAAGUAUCUAGAGCCGAGUCGCGCAAGGAAGACUCAUCCAAUGAACAAGAUCACAUUCUCCUCAUGGUGCGCAGCGAUACAAUAGGCUGCCACAAACCCCAAGACUCAGUAUCCUCGUUCAUUUCAAGCACAACCAUUGACUCAGAAGAUGAAAAAUUCAUCUUGCAAAAGCUCAAGCCAGUCCAAACCUACAUUGACCCAAAAGGCGAGCCAGAAUGGGAGAUGAUCAACAAGAGGAAGCCAUCUGCAGACGAAACAAACCCGCAGAAAUCAACCCCCGCGCUCUCGCUCAACACCCAAGAACUAUCGCCCGAGCCUGCGAACAGUGAGUCGACGGCAUCGUCUCCGAUCCUCUCGCCCCUUGCAGCCGUUCAACAAAGAUUCUCUCCGUUAUCUCCCUCGGAUAGUAAUAAAUCUGUCUCACCAGCGGACACCAUCCGCAUGCCUCUUACCAACGAAGUCACAACCGAAGAAGAAGACAAGACGACAGAUGAGCAUGAGCCCGCAGAUCCCAACCCGGCCGAGGAACCAGAGUCAGAUGCCGAACAGGAACAUGAGGAACAAGAACAGGAGCCAGCCGAUCCCCUCCCGACCAUCGAGAUCUCCAUCGCAAGAUCCGUCUCCGUCUCAAAGAGAAAACAAGUCUUGGUCCCUGUGGGACGGCGACCUGAUCGUCUCACUCCCAGGGCUAGAACUCCCCAAAUGGUGAAUGGGCAAUACGGUCAUCGGCAUGGCAAUUCUCAGGAUGCUCGCAUCGAAAGUGUAUGA